AGUUCCGAAUUAGUCCGCAAACGCGUUCGUGAAUUACCAAUCACUCAUAUCAGAUCAGUUAAAAAAUAUGACGAAUCAAAAAUUGCUAAGAAAAUCUUUUUGGCAUAUCGAGUUGCUUCUGAAAUUGAACGGGCUGCUACCGGGAGAAAGAUAUCAAAUACUGUACUCGUUCUAUGCCUAUGGCCUGCUGUUCGUUUUCAAAAUCCUAUUCCCCAUUCUGGGUUACACUUUCAUUUACAAGGCGGAUCCCAGCGAAAGGAUGGUCUUGAUUGGCAAUUCUUUCGUCUACAUAGAAGUGUUGGUGUUGGUAUUCAAACACUGGCCCUUCAUCACUGACCCGGAUUUGACCAAAAGGCUCAUGAAUCAAUGGAACGAGAAUAUUUUCAACACGGAAGUGGAAAUUGAUAAGCAUAUCAUCGAGGAAUCGAUGCGACAACGUAAAAUCAAACAUAACGUGUAUUUCUAUACGGCUCUUUCAGCGCCUAUUAUGAUGUUGAUAAACGUCAUACUUUCCGAUCACAGCGAUUUAAAAUUGCCUAUUUGGACGCCAGUAGAUGUUUUAAAUAGUACCAGUUGGUAUGUUUGGACUAAUGCCUUCGUUUUUUCAGCGUACUUACACGGGGUAUUAGGACAUUUUAGCGUUGAUAUGCUCAUUGUCAGUUACAUGUUGUACUGCGUAGCGCAGCUUAAACUCAUCAAGUACAAGUUGGAGAAUAUGGAGCAAUAUUUGGAUACAGAUUUAACUACGCCUGAUCAAAUAGGUCUUGAUGAUCUGGUCCAAAAGAAAAUUUAUGCACAAAUCACGCAAUGUGUCAAACAUUACGAUGCUGUUUUUCGAGCACAACAAUCGGAGAUGCCAUUCUCAGAAGUCAAUGGUACAAAUACGACAUAAAGUCCAAAAGAUCUCUAAUGAUUUUAAUUGAACGAUCAAAAAGACCCAUUAAGUUUACGGCUGGUAAACUAAUUGAUUUGUCAUUGGACACGUUUGUUGUCAUGGUCAAACGAGCAUAUUCACUACUCGCUCUGCUUAAAAAUGUCAAUUAGAUUCGGAUAAAAAAGGAAACAGCCUGGCAAGAAAUGGACCUUAAUAUUUUUCACAUAAUUUUAAGAAUUUCUAUAUGCACUUAAUUGUGUUUUAAAUUGUGCAGUAGACAGUUAUAAGAAUCACAUUUAUUAGUAUUGUAGUAUUUGGAAUGAGUUAAAAGUGUUUAAUUUAAGUAAAAAUUUAUUUGUACGAGUUACAUUACUUAAUGGAAAAGAAAGUAAUCUAAUUAAAAGUUGUAGGCUAUAUUUUGCACGUUAAAAUUAUUAAUGUACACUAAACAAUGCCAAAAAAAUACAUAAAUUUAAACAU